GGCGCCCUGUUGACGGCGUGUGAGUAAACAGAGAGGAAAACUUCAGUUUUCAUGACUAAACCAAAGUGCUCGCGGAUAUCUGGAACACACUUCUUUUCUCAACAAGCUCCAAGGCAAACAUGAAGAUCAAAUCCAAGUCUUCGUAUCACAAAUCUGAGAAUACCUAUAGGUUUCUCACUUUUGCUGAAAGACUUGCUAAUGUGAACAUUGAUGUCAUCCAUCGCAUUGACAGAACUGGAUCUUAUGCUGAGGAAGUAGAAACAUACUUCUCAGAAGGAUUAUCAAAAUGGAAAGACCUGAACUUGACGGAGCAUUUCACUACGUUUUUGAAAGCGGUAUCCAACAAGAGCCAGUCGUUCAACAUGCUGGUUUUCCACCAGACGUCCCUUGUGGAGAGUCUGAAAACACACCUGGCUGUCAAGGACAGCCUGGCUUACCAACCCCUGCUGGACCUGGUGGUGCAGCUGGCCAGAGACCUCCAGACGGACUUCUACCCCCACUUCCCCGACUUCUUUACUCUGAUCACCUCACUGUUGGACACGAAGGACACGGAGGUGCUGGAGUGGGCUUUCACCUGCCUCUCUUACCUGUACAAAUACCUGUGGAGGCUCAUGGUGAAAGACAUGACCAACAUCUACAGUUUGUACAGCUCAUUGUUGGCACACAAGAAGGAGCACAUCCGCAAGUUUGCAGCUGAGAGCUUCUCUUUUCUGAUGAGAAAGGUCCCAGAUUUUGACGCCUUGCUGACCCACGUGUUCUCGGACCUCGAGCAGCACCCUGAGAAGAUCGAGGGAGCAGGUCAGCUGCUGUUCGAAAUGUGCAAAGGAGUCCGAAACAUGUUCCAUUCCUGCGGUGCAGCUGCGUUCCCUGUGGCAUUGCGUAAGCUUGGCCCAACGACCAGCCCGGGAGUCCCCCUGCCCUGGGAUGCCGUCCGGGACGUUCUGGAUCACAUGGCCCAGGCUGCCCUCGGUCACGUUUAUAAAGAACACUUUCUGGUUUUGUGGGAAUCCUUGCAGGUCAGUUUAGGGGAAGUCCUGGCCGUCAUGGAGGCGAAGGGAAAAGGCGCUGAGUUGGCGACGGAGCAGCUGGAGAGGUUGUUGUUCAUCCUCCACACCCUGGUGUCCCACAGGGGCGGAGAAAAAGUCACCAAGCCGGAGGCCGUCUGCCAGGUGGUGCUGCAGCUGAUCCAGAGCUCUUCCCCGUCAGCCUCCUGCUUCCGUCUUUUCCUCCAGAUCUCCUCCUCGCUGCUGCUCGGGGAGAACCUCCGUCUGCCCUCGGCGCUCGUACAGGAGACCGUUCAAAAGGUUUUCAGAAGCACGAUGGGUGAGGAUCUGAUUCUGGAGUUCACCAAGGAAAUGUUCACCAUGAACCAGUUUGAGCAGCUCUUCCUCCCCAGCCUCCUCCGCUUCGCCACUGGGCUGCUCUCUCGGGGCGAUGCCCUGUCUCGCCACUGUGUUCUGGACGUGCUGGUCAGCCUGAUCCUCGCCAAAGCUCCGCCGCCCACCGACGGCUCCAUGGCCUUCGAAACCUACCCUCUCCUCUUCACCGGGCAGACCCUCGGUAAGGAGACGGACGGGGAGACCCGGACGACGCCAGAGCAGCCGCCGGUGCCGGAGCUGGUCCUGUCUCUGCUCAGACUCCCGGAGGAGCAGCAGAGCAUCUCUGACCUGUCGCUGCCCUGGGCUGCACUGGUGCUGCUGCCACACCUCAGACCUCUUCCUCCAGCGAGUGUCGUUCCUGCCGUGGCCGCAAUCUUGAACCACCUCCUGUGUGAAAUUGAGGCAGAAAACAUGGGGAAAGCGGCUCUGUUUGCAGCCAGACAGGCUCUGAGCUGCCUCCUGUCUCUGGACGGCUCUGGCCAGCUUCUUUCCCUGGUAUCCGUGGACAAGGUCAACUCCAUCCUGAAGAAGUUCCCCACUGACUUGUCGGCUCUGCUGCUGGGAGACAUGUACUACACCCGGCUCUCGCUCAGUGGGAUCUCAGAGCACCUCUCCCACAAUGCAUUGCUGGAUCUCUAUCAGAUGCUGCACGCCAACCUCUCGUCCAACAUUUCCAAGAUUCGCCUGCUGACUCUGAGGAUCUUCUCCCAGUUUGAGGCGGAGCUCCCGCCACAGAUGGAGGCCGAGGAGAACUUGGAGGUGCAGCCGGUGUUUGCCGUGUGCCUGCAGGCGGAGCUGGUGCCGGCGUCGGUGCAGGACUACAGAGAGAAGCUGCUGCACCUGCGGAAGCUCAGACACGACUUGGUGCAGCGCAGCCUCCCGACGGGGCCGGCCGGCAGCUUCCAGCAGGUGCCUCUGCGAUACCUCGUGGCCAUGCUGUUCGUCAACUUCAAGCCGCUGUGGGAAGCCGUCACCGAACUGGUGGUGACUCAUGCCAGAGGGAUGGACAACAAGGACUUCUGGAGGGUUUACCAUGAGCAGCUGGAGAUGGUGGCGGAGCUGGCAGAAAAGGAGUUGCAGGAAGACGACGAGGGGGAAGAGGAAGAGUCGGGGCUGUGCCGCGAGCCCGGCUGUGACGUCAUUGAGAGCGGGGACGUGGGGGUUCUGUUUCUGGAGCAGCUCAAGUCCACCUCGGACCCCAGCGAGAGGACCGACUUCCCCAACUUCCGCAGCCUGCUGUGGCGAGCCAUGGCCCAGUUCCCCGAGCGGGUGGAGCCGCGCAGCCGCGAGCUGACGCCGCUGCUGCUCCGAUUCAUCACGAACGAGUUUUAUCCUGCCGACCUGCUGGUGGCGCCGACUCAAGACCUGAGGAAGACGCGCCGCGCCGUCCCGGAGGAGUCGGAGAAGGAUGUGGAGCUGGAAGACGAGAAGGAGGAGGAUGAGCAGGAGGUGGAGGAGGAGGAAAACAAGCAACAGAGGAAGGCUCUUCCAAGGAGAGCUGCCGCCAAACAGCUCAUUGCCCAUCUGAAGGUGUUUGCCAAGUUCACCAACCCUCGAUCUCUCUACCUGGAGAGCAGCCUCACCGAGCUUUACAACCAGCUGCUCUGCCAUCAGGACCAGCAGAUCCAGCGGGUGGCGCUGGAGUGCGUCCUCACACACAAGGACCCCAACAUCGUACCUUACAGGGAAAAUCUGGAGAGGCUUCUGGAUGACAAACACUUCAAAGAAGAGAUCGUCCUCUUCAACAUUUCAGAGGAGACGGGAGUGGUGGACGGUUCCCACAGAGGCGGGCUGAUACCGCUGCUCAUGAGAAUCCUGUUUGGUCGCCUGCGCUCCAAAGCCGGCAGCAAGUUCCAGGGGAAGGCGAGCGCCGCCUCCCGCUCCUCCAUCAUCCUGCGAUUCCUGGCGGGUUGCCAGGCGGAGGAGCUGGGGAUGUUCAUCGACCUGCUUCUGGAGCCCGUCAUCCACCACAGCCGAGGGCCGUGUCUGGCUGCGGUGGAGAAAGCCGUAGCUGAGACGGACCUGGCCGCCGUGCUGCCGCUGGGCCGGCUGCACAGCCUGCUGAACAUCAUCAGCGUGGUGAUCCACAAACUGGGGCACCUCAUCCACAUCCACCUGCCCAAGGUCCUGCAGAUCCUGCUGUGCGUCACGGCCUCCGUGUCCACCAUCCUGGACAGCAGGGACCAGGUCAAGGAUGGAUGCAUCAGUCCUCUGAAGAACCUGAGGAGAGUCGGCAUCCAAAAGAUUCAGGACUUCUUCGACGGCUUUGACACCUACAGCUUCAGCCCAGACGAGGUGGACGCCGUGUUCCAGGCGGUGGUCUGGCCUCAGGUCUGUCGUCUCCCGACGGAGAGCACCUACUCCCCCACCCCUCUGCUGAAACUCAUCCAUGUGUGGUGCAAAGAAGCACGAUUCUUCCCCCUCGUAGCCAAGCAGAAGCCAGAGCAUCCAGAAUGCGACAUCCUCCGAAAUGUUUUUGCUCUCCUCUCGGCCAAAAACGCAUCCACGGCAACCAUCGCCAUGGCGAUGGACAUAGUUGAGUCUCUAGCAACAAGGGAAGACUUCGUUGCCACAGAGACGGAGACUGAGCUCAGUGUGAACGGCUGCGUGUUCCCGCAGCCUGACGGGGGCGCCGUGGUCGCUGCAGAGUCUCUGAGUCAGGGCUCCAGACUGCUGCUGCCUCACAUCUCCACCCUGCUGCGAUACCUCAGCGGAGUCGUGCGCAACACUGACAGACUCAAGAAGAAAAAGUUCAGGGCCCAGGUGGCCCGGGAGCUCAACAUCCUCUCCAAGAUCAGUCGCUUUGUGAGCGACAAAGAGCAGAGCUCGGUGCUCAUCGGCUUGCUGCUUCCUUACCUCCAGAAAGGCCACAACCCUGAAGAGACGGAGACCGACAUCCUGUCCACCAUCCAGAACCUGCUGAGGCAGAGCGAGCAGCCCGCGGCCUCUCUGCGGCCGCUCAGCAAGCUCUUCUCCGUCAUCCACAACAAGAUACCCAGGCAGGCCCUCACCUCCGUCUUCCAGACUCUGUCAGAACUGGACCCGUCGCUCGCGUACAUCACCGACAUGGCAACCAAGCUCAAUGCAUUCGACAGCCGGCACCUGGAUGAGGUAUACUUCGACGUGCGCCUGUCGGCCUUCCAAGACGCCACCCGGCGGGUCCGGGAGAUGCAGACGCUGGACCUGGACUACAUCAACACCAUCGCUCACAACGUCUUCCACACGUACGAGGUGGGCGACAUGUCGCUGUCGGACAACGCCACCCUGUGUCUGUCGGCCGUCAUCGAGCAGCUGGCGGCGGUCGGGGCAGGAGAGCAGGUCUACAGGGACGUGAUCCAGCACACCGUCCUGGACGCCGUGCACAAGGGGCUCCGCAGCAAGACGGAGAGCGUGCAGCACGACUACACCACCGUCCUCGCCUGCCUGGUCCGGACCUUCCCCUCCAGGAAGGAGUUCAGGGACCUGGUGCAACUCGCCGACUACAACGACCCCGAGUCCGACUUCUUCGAGCACAUGAAGCACAUCCAGAUCCACCGGCGGGGUCGCGCCCUGAGGAAGCUGGCCAAGCAGCUGACGGAGGGCACGGUGGUGCUGACGCCGCGCUCUCUCCAGAACUACAUCAUGCCGUUCGCCACGACGGCCCUGAUGGAUGAAAAGAUGCUGAAGCACGAGAACAUGGUCUCUGCGUCGGUGGAGGUGGUGGGCGCCGUGUGCCGCCGGCUCACCUGGUCCAAGUACCUGUACUACCUGAAGCACUUCAUCCACGUCCUCCAGACCUCGCAGGCUGACCAGAAACUGGGCGUCAGCCUCCUUGUUACGGUGCUGGAGGCUUUUCAUUUUGACCAUCAGACCCUGAGCAGAGAGAUGGAGGCCGCCAAAGCUCGAGAAGCUGGAAAUGUCACGGCUGAUGCGGACGACAAAGACGAAGACGCGGCCGUCGACACGGAUGCCAGCGACGACGAAGAGCCGAUGGAGACUGAGGAGAAGGCUGCUUCCAGCGAAGUCCCCAUGGAAACGGAGGCCGCCGUCUCAGGGAAGGCGACCCCCGCUAAAGCCGCACCCGAGGCGGCUCCUCCUCCGUCAGCGGCCGUGUCCAGCGGCCUGCCGCACAGCAGGGAGGAGCUGGAGUCUCUGAUCGCCGCCAUCCACCAGACCGUCAGCAACAGCGUGCUGCCCCGCCUGCACAGGUGCCUCAAUGCCAAGGUGAAGCGUGAUGAGGAGCACAAGGUGGUGAAGUCCAAGGAGGUGAAGGAUGACGAGGUGGCGCGGACCCCGAUAGCGUUUGCUAUGGUCAAGCUAAUGCAGACUCUGCCUCCUAAUGUGAUGGAGGCCAAUCUACCCGGGAUCCUGAUGAAGGUCUGCAUACAUCUGAGGAACCGUUUCCAGGAGGUCCGCGACGUGGCGAGGGGGACUCUGGUGAAAAUCCUGGAGACUCUGGGCUGCAGAUAUCUGCAGUAUCUGCUCAAGGAGAUGCGGAGCGUUCUGGUCAAAGGCUACCAGGUUCACGUUCUGACCUUCACGGUGUACCAGCUGCUGUCGACUCUCAGUCCAACCCUCAAGAGCGGCGACUUGGACUCCUGCAUGAACAUGCUCAUUGAUAUCUUCAACAACGAGCUGUUUGGGAAGCUGGCCGAGGAGAAGGAGGUGAAGGGCAUCGUCUCCAAGCUGAUGGAGGCGCGGCACAGCAAGAGCAUGGACUCGUACGAGCUGCUGGCGCGGUUCUGCAGCCGGGAGAGCAUCACCCAGCUCAUGCUGCCGCUGAAGGAGGUCCUGGAGACCACGUCCAGUUUGAAAGUGUGUAACCGCGUGACUGCUGUGCUGCGGCGACUGAUCCUGGGUCUGCUGGAGAACGGCGGCCUGACGUCCCAGGACAUCCUGCUGCUGAGCCACGGCCUGGUCAGCCAGAGUCUGCCGCUGCUCACCAAGAGAGACCAAGGGAAGAAGUCAGCCGCCGUCCCCCAGGACCCCAGGCUGCCCCCCCCCAGCUGUCUGCUCCUGCCUCCGACGCCCAAGAGAGGAGGCCAGAAAGCUCCCGUGAGCAGCCGGACCAACAUGCACGUCCUGGUGGACGCCGGCCUCAAGCUGCUGCAUCUGAGUCUGAAGAGAUCCAAGGUGACGUCGGCAGAGGCGUCGGCUCUGGAGAUGCUGGACCCGUUCUUCCUGCUGCUGCUGGAGUGCCUGGACUCCAUGCACGUGAAGGUGAUCACGGAGGCGCUGGUGGCCUUCACGCUGCUGCUGAGGUUUCCUCUGCCGGCGGUGCAGCACAGCGCCGGCCAGCUCACCAAGCAGCUCUUCGUGCUGCUGAAGGACUACUCCAAGGCCGGCGCCGCCCGCGGGGAGAACUACCAGCUGGUGCAGAACUGCUUCAAGGCCAUGACCAUCCUGGUGAAGAACGUCAAGAGCAACAAGAUCUCUGAGACGCAGCUGCAGGUGCUGCUGGCGUACGCCGAGGAGGACAUCUACGACCAGUCGCGGCAGGCCACGGCGUUCGGCCUGCUCAAGGCCAUCCUGUCCAGGAAGCUCAUCGUUCCAGAAAUGGAGGAAGUGAUGACGAAAGUGGCUAAGUUGUCCGUCACCGGCGGCAACGCUAUGAUCAGGAUUCACUGCCGACAGAUCUACCUGAAGUACCUGCUGGACUACCCGCUGGGGAAGAAGCUGAAGGGCCACCUGGAGUUCGUGGUGGCGCAGCUGCAGUACGAGCACGACACCGGCCGGGAGUCCGUCCUGGAGAUGCUAGCGUACGUCUUCCAGAACUUCCCCCAGGAGCUGCUGAUGAAGUUCAGCAGCCUGUUCUUCGCCCCGCUGGCUCUGGCCGUGGUCAACGACGACUCGGCGCGCUGCAAGAAGAUGGCCGCCCUGGCCAUCAAGACCCUGCUGGCCCAGCUGGACGCGAACCACCAGAACACCUUGUACUCCCUGGUGGACACCUGGCUCAAGGCAGAGAAGGCCAGCCUGCGGCGGCUCGGCGCUCUGGUCUGCGGCCUCUACGUGGAGGUGGAGGAGGAGAAGUUCACCCGUCGCAUGGACGACCUGCUGCCUCUCCUGGAAAAGGGGAUCCACCCCGACAACUUCGAGGACAUCGAGGAGGAGCAGGACGAGAAGGGAGCCGACCGGCUCUUGUUCAGCUACCUGACGCUCAUCUCCAAGCUGAACAAACACUGCAGCCUGAUGGAGCUCAGCAAGCCCGCCGAGACCCUGCAACACAUCUGGGGUCACGUGGAAGCCCACCUGCGGCACCCCCACUGCUGGGUGUGGCUCACCGCCUCGCAGCUCUUCGGCCAGCUGUUCGCGGCUCAGCCGGCGGAGCGUCUGGUCGCCGCGUGGAGGCAGGAGCCGGGAGACACCACGCCCCUGCCGGCCGCCGCCUUCAUCACCGACAACCUGGACAAAAAGAUGAGAGAGUUGGCGUUGUCUUUUUGCCAUCAGCUGCAGUCCAAGUUCCUAGACACGGCGUCGGGAGAGCAGGUGAUCAAGAACCUGCUCUUUGUGGGAAAGGUGAUUUACCUCGUGUCGCCAGAGUCCAACGCUGCGCCGCAAGACGAGGAGCAUGAUGAGGAGCACGAUGAGGAUGAUAAUGAAGAGGAAGGAAAAGGGGACGAGGACAAGGAUGACAAAGAUGACAAGCCUCCUUCCCUUCUGUGGCUGAUGAAGAAACUGUCUCUGAUGGCGAAGCGAGAGGCGGCGCGCACUCCCAAAGUUUCUCUGAAGCGAACGUGCGUGUUUAAGUUUCUGGGAGCGACGGCCGUGGACCUGGGGAAGGAGCGGCUCGGCCCGUACCUGACCACCAUCAUCGGCCCCCUGUACAGAGAGCUGGACAGCACGUAUGCAGAUCAAGAUCCCACCCUCAAGAACCUGGCGCAGGAGUUGAUUGAGCUGCUGAAGAAGCAAGUGGGACUGGAGAGGUUCUCCCUCGCCUUCUCGGCCGUCCAGAAGGAGUUUUCACAGAGGCGGGUGGCGCGCAAGCGCCAGAGAGCCAUGCAGGCGGUGGCUAACCCAGAAAUCGCUGCCAAGAAGAAACUGAAGAAGCACAAGAAUAAAAUUGAAGCCAAAAAGAGAAAAAUCGAGUUCCUCCGGCCGGGAUAUAAAGCCAAGAAGCACCGGAGCCACGCGCUGAAGGACCUGGCCAUGGUGCAGUGAGCUGCACGAAGCGGCAACACGUCUUUGUCGAGGACACUAGCUGGACACUUCCCCACGUCUCUAGUUCUCCAGUUUUUAAACAAAACCAGUUUCCUGUUACAGAAACAUCAUUCCAGGGUGUGAUGCCUCGUAGCAGCUGGUGCACAGCGGGACACCGCUGCAUCCCUAGUGACUGCACAUCCGAGCUGAAGUCUGCUUUUAUCCUCCUGCUGCAGGGUUGUGCUCAAAUGUGUAUAAUGUGCAGUUAAAUGUACAAGUUUAUAAAAA